AGAUACGCUGGAUUACAUUAAAGCAUGCAAGGGGAGCUACACAGGGAGGAUAGUUUCAUGGAGAAAGUUUUAAGGGUGUCACAGCAUGUAUGCUAAGAAAGAGAUCAGUUUCCUCAUCAGCAACCUUUGUGAUUAUCUUCCAUAUUAAGUUUGAUGAAUCUUGAAAAAGAAGGCAAUAAAAGAACAAGAGCUUGCUUUUGCAUUAAAACCUGUUUGUUUAUAGGACAUUUUCAAGCGUUGAAAGAAAUUUUCCUGAAGACUUUUCACAACAAAUUUUAGAUUAAAAUCACUGUCUUGCUUGUGAAGAACUUCCUGUUUGCAAACAAAAUCUGAGAAACUUUGCUGAGUAUAAACUGCAACAGAAAACAUUAUACAACAUAUUUUGCUCAUAAAAAACAAUUGCUUUUCAUGAAGAAGCGUUUAUAGCUCUUUGUUAGCUAUAUUUACUCCGGAAAUUCUUUUUUGAAAGUUAAUUAACCUUAUUCCAAUACCAUAAUGAUCGGAAAUGAGUAUCUAGAUAUGGAGGCAGAAAUCAGAGAAACACCACCUUUGGUGGAAUUUGAAGAUAUUACUGGAAUUUUAAAACCAACUAAUGCAAGCAUGAAUUCCCUAAUAAAUUGCAAUGGGUCUCUAGUAAACAGCAGCAUAGAUUGUGCCAAUAUGUCCGAUUCCUACGACUACGGCAGACACGAUUACAGUGAUGCAUUCGCCAUGGAACACAUCCUAAGCAUCGUCGUACCCAUCCUUUUUGGAGUGAUAGUGGUAGUAGGGCUCUUCGGAAAUGCGCUUGUGGUCAUCGUUGUUACCUGUAAUCCACAAAUGCGAUCUACCACCAAUCUUCUUAUCAUCAACUUGGCUAUGGCUGAUCUCCUCUUCAUAGUUUUCUGCGUACCGUUUACUGCUUGGGACUAUGCCCUACCUUACUGGCCCUUUGGUGAUGCUUGGUGCAGAGUUGUGCAAUACCUAGUUAUUGUAUGUGCAUAUGCCAGUAUAUAUACCCUAGUUCUAAUGUCCUUGGAUCGAUUUCUGGCCGUAGUCCAUCCUGUUACUUCUAUGUCCAUACGAACAGAAAGAAACGCCUACAUUGCUAUAGGUCUCAUGUGGAUAGUUAUUUUACUUUGCUGCGUUCCAGCGCUUCAGAGUCACGGGGAACUUACCUACAUGUUUGCAUAUACUGAGUAUUCAGUAUGCGUCUUCUUAGCAACCAACGGUUAUAAUUAUGCUGCAUUCCAAAUAUGCUUCUUUCUCUCCUCAUACAUCAUACCACUGAGCUCGAUAUUUUGCUUGUAUAUGCUUAUGCUGAAACGAUUAUGGUUUGGUGUAGCUCCAGGUGGUCGUGUGAGCGCAGAAAGUGUCAAAUCCAAAAAACGAGUCACCCGAAUGGUAGUGGUAGUCGUAGUCAUAUUUGCUUGCUGCUGGUGUCCUAUACAGAUUGUGCUGGUACUCAAGAGUGUGAGUGCAUAUGAGCUGAAUCCGGCAAAUAUAGUCAUCCAAAUUACGUCGCACAUUCUGGCUUACAUGAAUUCUUGUGUCAACCCAAUACUUUACGCCUUCCUAUCUGACAAUUUCCGAAAGGCGUUCAGAAAAGUGAUAUCUUGCCAUCCAAGGAAUAAUCACCCCAGGCGCAGGGAUUACGAAAGAAACGAACGUGACACUGGUACGUGUGCAACUAAGACUACGAAAGUUACAAAUGAUAUUCUCUAAAACUCAAAGCGCAAAAAUUAUGGAAAUGGGAAAUGUCAAAUGCAUCCAUUCGAAUAUUUCUAAGAAACUGUAAUUUUUUUCCAGUGUGGGCAUUUUCAGUUCGUGUGACUGCUUUGGGACUAAAUAUAUUAAAUAUCUGUCAUAUCAUUAAAAAUAUAAUCCCAAAAUUUGAGUAAGUUAAAAAUAAAUGCCCUAUUUUAUUCUCAUCCACGUGUAUCUCCAUACUCCACUUACUAAAAACUCCUCCUUUGAGAAUGAAAAAUAAUUGUACAUAUCAAGAAUACGUUUGUUACUAGUAAUUAGGAAGAUUGAACUAUUGCAGAUGUUGCAACAGUAUGCUGAAAGAAGACAGCGUGUACUUGACUACAAAUAAUAUAUUUAUGAAAACUUUUGUGCUGUCAAAACUUACUAGUCUUGACUUUUAGUACGAUAUAUGGCACCAUUUACUGUACUAUAAUUUACAUUUAAUAUGCUAUUUUACUAUAUACGAAAUUUUAGUGAACAUAAUUAUUCACAGGAUAAUCUAAGUGUUGGAAGACAAGUUUUAUUCAUCGUUAUCUAGACCAAAGAAAAUACACAUUUUGAUGGCAAUAUGAAAAUAUUUACGCAUAUGAGCUUUCUAAAGGUUUCUCUUUGUAAGACACAUUAGGUAAGAAAAAUAUAUUUUCUCUCCGAUAAACUUUAUACUGUUUGAAAUAAACCAUUUCUUGACAAGACAGAUACCAAGGUAACAGCUAUAUUAUUUUCGAAGAAAGCAAAGACAUUUCGUACCUUCACAAUGAUGAAACAAGAUAAAUAUUUUGCUUUAAAUGAAAAACUUUCUUGAGAUCUUUCAUAAAAUUAGAUAUAUGUACUGAUCCCUUUCAUGAAAAUGAUUGUUUAUUAGAAUAAAUGAAAGUGUUUGGUAUUUAAGGCAACGCAAAUGCACAUGAAUUGCCUUUUCAACACAUGCCACAUUUCAAUAAAACUUUAUUACAUGUAUAUUGUGUGCUAAGCACUUAGCAUGCUGUGUGACUUUAGAAUAGGAAUCGUAAAAUUUAUCAUCGUUUUUUGUCAAACUUCUUGUAAAUUUUGUAUGCAUUCUUAAUAUACUGAAUUGUGUGAAGUUGAAGUGCUUAAAUGUGUUAACUAUUGUUCCUUAGUCAUUAAAUUGCAAUAAAUUGAAAUCUGGUAUAAUUCUGAUACAUAUUUAAAAGAUACUGGUUCUGAUAAAUAAAGUAACAUUUCAAGACGCUCUUUCGAAAUUUAGAUGCGAUCAUCUGAAUAACAAUGGAGGUAAUUAAAACCUGGCAAAUGUCAUUCACCAUAGCCUUUUCUUAACUAAGUAAACUAUUAGGUACAUCGCAUGGAUAAUCAGCUAAAUUUGAAGAUUUUAUUAACCAUAUAACCUUCUUAUUAACUAAUUUUUAAUUAGUUAAAAUAAUUAAUUAUAUUGCAGGCAAAUUUAGCUGAAUUAAAGCAUUUACUAAAUUAUUUCAUAUAGUACCAGAAAAUAAAAACGCUAUUAUUAUUCUUAUUUUUGUCAUGAUUAUUAUUAGUAAUAUUAGUCCAUAAAGGAUCAGUCUCUCGAAGUAAUAUUUUGCGUUAUGCGUCAAUUCAAUUUUCAUUCUAGUCUUGCUAUUCCGCAGAAUAAAAAAUUUAAUCUGUCUGUUGUGAUUAACAAAUUAGGCUAUUUGAAAACAAAAGAUGCAGUUCUUAACAAUAUCAGUUUCUUACUUUUAAAUAGGAUUGAUUUAAGUGGUUAAAAAUACGUUUAAGUUAUUUAUAUAAUUAAAAAUAUUAAAAAUUUUCACAUUAUAUCAUUUUAUAUUUUUUAUGAUUUAUUUCAGAUUUUCUAAAGCUUUAAUAAUUUUUUUAUUAACAACUUUGUGUUUGAUUAACAACACUGCAAGGGAUAAAACUUUCUAUCUUUAGCGCGCAAGACUGUAGUUAUCUGAAGUUAUGUUAUUUUUAAAUAUUUUAUGAUUUUGCGGCUGAAUUCUGUUUUAUGUGGCGUAACUGCGAAGAACGUAAUAUUUAAUAAAUAAAGUUAACAGAUAAAAAGUAAAUAAUAAAAAGACAAAAAAAUUUGUUAGCCAUCUUACUAAGAUUACUAAAUAAUGAUAUGAUAAACUAAGAAAAGACUA